AUUAAAAGGACCCUUUUUGUUUGCAUUUGCUGUCUGAGUUUCUUAUUUUACGCCCGAAUCUGGCCUCACUCCCCCUGGGUUACCACAUUUUGGUGGAGAAUGCGGGCGUGACGGUCUGUCGCUAAAGAUUCAGGCUAAAAUAGGUACUCCGAGAGAGACACGGAGAACCAUGGAGAAUGCACUGACACAGCUCAUCCAGACCCAAACCCAGCAGGCCCAGAGUCUUCAAGCCUUACAGGACGCCAUCACUACUCUUGGACAGCAUCUGGUAAAGCCAGAGAGGCCUACGGAACCCAGUAAAGUUCUCACCAAGCAGACCGGUGAGGAUGACAUUGAGGCCUACCUAGAGGUUUUUGAAAGGACUGCAGAGAGGGAACGUUGGCCUAGAGCACAAUGGGCAGGAAUUCUAGCCGCUUUUUUAAUUGGCGAAGCUCAAAAAGCCUGCCGGGACCUUUCCCCCGCUGACGUAAACCAGUAUGGGGCAUUGAAAGCUGCGAUUUUGGCCCAUUAUGGACACAACCUGCAGACGAGGGCCCAACAGUUCCACGCCUGGGAGUAUGACGCUACUGCCCCAGUGCGGCCGCAAAUUGCAACGCUGAUGCGAUUGACACGCAGUUGGUUAACCUCGGGGGAGGGGCCUCCAGCGAUUGACAGAGUUGCCAUGGAUCGCUGUAUCAGAGCCUUACCCGGGGGUGCCAAACGACACGCUUCUCAAAGCUGCCCAGAGACAGUAGAUGCCCUAGUGACGCUGUUGGAGAAUCACCAGGUCACGGUACAGUUGAUGCAAAGCAGUAGGCCACCCAGCCAAUCGGACCCCAGGAGAGACAGGCAGAGGCUGAGGAAGAGCGACACGGAGGCACUGGGCCCAAGCCCGAGGCCCCAAGGGGGUCCGCCCCAGCCAUCCCUCCAGCGCCGCCCCUUUGUGAAUCCGGACCGGCGAAAAUGCUUUGCCUGUGGACAAGAGGGCCAUAUAGCGUGGAAUUGUCCGGGAGAAGACAUUCUGAUGCCUACGGCGGGCUCCUCCGACUCCCCACGGAAGGCCGACAGCUAUCUUACCACGUGCUGGGCUCAUGAGGGCGCAAGGGCCCCAAAGCUGCCGGUCAGAAUAGGGACCCAGGAUGCUGAAGCCCUACUCGACUCCGGCAGUGCGGUCACCCUCCUACGGCCCGGGUUGACCUCUGGCCCCAGGGGACCCCCUAUCCCAGUCUCCUGUGUCCACGGGGAUUCACGAGAGUAUCCCACGACCCACAUUAAGGUCCAGACCACCAGGGGCACAUUUGAGGUUGUUGCGGGCUUAGUGGAAAAUCUGCCGGUACCAGUGCUGAUUGGGCGGGACUGCCCGAUAUUCUGGCGUUUGUGGACAUGCAGGACUGCUGGCCACCGAAGAAACUGUCCCACCAAGAAACCUGGUAGGGACCGGAAAGUCAAGGUGGCACAUGCCUGUGCAGCCCCAUCUAGCCCAACCACGUCAUCUGCAGAAGGGACAGAGGAGGAGGCCCUGGCCCCAGCGGAGGCCCUGGCCCCAGCGGAGGCCCUGGCCCCAGCGGAGGCCCCGGCCCCAGCGGAGGCCCCGACAAGGAGGGAUCCCCGACUAACUGAAGGGUCUUCGAACGAGGCUUUUUCGGAGUUCCCACUGGCAGAAGAGGCAUCUUCCACCAGGCCCGGGCAGUUUGGGACGGCCCAGUGGGAGGACCCUAACCUGGAACAAGCGCGACAGAACCUGGCUGUGGUCGAGGGAGAACCGGUGGCGGGGCCCACUCCCACCUGUUGGGAGCUCAUUUGGGGGUGGAGAAAACCUACGACCGAGUCCGGGAGCGCUUCUACUGGCCGGGGGUGAAGAAGGCGGUCCAGGAUUAUUGCCAAAUCUGC